GCCGACCUGAACACCGCUCUCGUGCGCGACCGUCGUCUACUGUUUUCGGCUUUCGCUUGUGGUGCGCAUGCGCGCGUGUUGGUGCGCACACCUGGUCGUGUGUUUUUCUCUGCGCCCGCGCGCUUGUGUGUGUGUGUAUCUGAGUUCUGUUUAUUGUGCGUGUGUGCGUGUGCGUCUUUAUUGUGCGUGCGUGUAUGUGUGUUUGUGCACAGCACUUACGCCGUUUGGUAUCCUGGCGAUUUUUCGCCUUCUAGCGUCCGUUUUCAUCGUUGUCGUCGACACCGCUGCGUCGUCGUCGUUGUCGAAAUCACCGCUGCCACCGCCGUCGUUUCAAAACGUCGCACCGUCGUCACCGCGACGGUUACUGUCACGCAGCGAAACACGCCCGCGUGAACGAUAGGGGUUCCCAGGGACCGGACACGCGUCGUCGUCGUCGGCACGCCGUCCUGCGGCUGUGCGCGCGCGAACGCAACCGUGGAAACCGCACGCUCUCGGAGAUGUGACCGUCGGACUCGUGGCACAGCCGCAGACGCUAGCCGCAAGCACGCGGUCCAGUUGACGCUAGCCGCCGCGUCCGCAGCCGCCAGCCGCAACAUGGCGUCGUCCAACACGGAUUCGCCUGGUACAAUUUAUAGAUGGAUAGAGAGGAAACCACUAACAGAAGCAGUUACAUGGACAUCUAGGGAAAAAUUUUGGUUAAUUACAGCUGCAUGUCAUUAUGGGACUCAUGAUUGGAAAUCAGUUGCUCAAGUUGUUAGAAAUGCGGGAGAACCGUAUAGACCUCGAGAAUGGUAUACACCAAAAAGCUGUGAGCGCCAGUUUAAAAUUCUUGUAUCUAAUCUUAGCAAGGAAGUAAAGUCAUUACCCCUUAUUGAUAUGCUGCAACAUAUUGCUGAAGGUUUAAAAAAUGAUUACAUUCGAGAUGCUAAUAAAUCAAAAGAUACUUUAAAAUCAAAGUACUGUAAUUUAUUCAGUGUUUUGAAUCGUGUGAAACAAGGAAAUCUGUCUAGAAAUGAAGUUGUUAGCCUUUAUUCACAAGCAAGAAGAAAUGAAAUUGAAGGUAAACAAUAUAUGGAUCAACUUAUGACUAGGCAAAAUGCUAGUUUAGCUUCUGAAAAUUCAAGUUCUGGUUUAAUAGAAGAGCAGCCAAUUAAGUGGAAUACGCCAUCCGCACCAUUAUUAACGAGUCUUCUAAGAUCUCGUAAUACUAUACCAGCUAAUAGAACUGCCACUACAAUUGCUUCUUUAUUACAAUCUCCUGGUGGCACAUCAAGGACUAGAUCGGGAAAAUUAUUACCAUUAACCCCUAUCAUUCGAACUACACAAGGAACUCCUACACUUUCUAAACUCCUUGAAGCUCCAGCAAAUCCUUAUAUAUCAAGUCCACCACAAUCAACACAGAAGAAUAAGUUAAGUGAAGUUGGAACAGAAAAGCUUGUGAAUACUUCUAGAAAAGAGAACUCGCAGUCAACAUCAUUAAAUAGAGCACGAGUAGAUAAUAUAACAACCCUUGGGUCUUUUAAUCAAAUCAAUAAAUCUGAUUUAUCUGCUUCGAAGAAACAGAUAUCCAAGACCCCGGUUUCAGCAGUUAAAAAUGGAUCGAAAGCAAAUUCAAGUGUUGUUAAUCUAUUAAGUGACGGUGAAACUGAUGAAGACACUAAAAAUAACUCUCUUAAAAGUUCGUUUGGAGAUAAAAAAGAUACUAGUAGUAGACUUGAACCUAGAGCAACAAGAAGUCAAACUCGAGCAGAGGGCGGUGUUAAACAAUUAAAUGAUACUAAACUGUCUGAUGGAAAGAAAGAACGUGAAAGCUUGCGACAACAAAAUGUGGAAUCUCAAAUUAAAGAACCUAAUUUAAUUGACAAUGAUCUGCUUGAUAUAGAUCAAAUUGAAGUUGAACCAUUAUCAUCCGUUCAAGAUGAAAUACAAACUCCAUCUUCUUCUAAAAUGACACGGUCUUCCUUGCAAAGACUUCGUCUAUCAAAUCCUGGAGAUAAUUUAUUGACAAAUAAUAAAGUUAAUAGUAAAGAAACAAGUAAUAAAAUGGCAGAGAAAAUACCUGUACAUCCAAAUCAUAAAUGCUUGUUGGGCAAAACCAAAGAGGAUGUUUCUGUUAAUGUUUCUGUGAAUGCUUGUGAACAUGCUAUUUCGUUACGCAAAGAUAGCCGAUUUUUGCAAAAUACAAUGACUGCAUCUGAUAGUAAACCAGUGAAACAAAAAGGAGUAAUUGUAGUGGUUAAUAAAAUCAAGAAACCGUGUAACCUGAAAUCUGCUUCAGAGCAGAUAAAUAAAACUAAUGAUAUUCAAAUCUCAAACACCGAUGUUAAUGAACCUAUUAUAUUGAAUAAUAGUUCCCCUAAUGAGGUUAAGUUAAUUGAUAGUAGUUGUUCAUUACCUGCCGAUGAAGUUAUUAUUAUUGAUGAUGAUAUAAAUAUUAACGAAGAUAAUAGGACAACAAUGAAUGCGAAGGAGUUAUUAAGUAAAGUUGAAUCAAAAACCUUCUCUUCUACUGUUUCAAGUAAUUCAAAAUCAACCACACUUCAAUUGGAUGAAAAAAUAAAUAAAAAUGAUAAAACACCAUGGAAUAUGUUUGGAAAAGCCCAAAAUAUUUUAGAUACUACAAAAAAACAGAGUCUUCAAGAUAGUGUAACGAAAAGUAGAACAAAUAGUAACAUAAAUGAGUCCAACAACCAAUUCAUUAAAGAACUAGAUUUUGAUUUUGAUCAAUCGAUCUCUCAAACAUCUUUGUCUGAAUUAUAUAAUGGUGUUGAAGAAAUUGUCGAAAUGCACUCUUUUGAUAAUGAAGAAUUAAAUUCAUUGAUUGAAUGUGGUUCGUUAGAUAGUAAUGAAAUGGAGGAACGUAUAGAUACAGUUGGUGUGGAUCAAGGUGAUUCUUCUGUAAGUGAAAGUGAUUCAACUAUUGGUGCUUUUGAUACCUUUGCUCAGAUCACUAGAGUACGACAAACGUCAUUUACUUCAAAAGACAUUAAAGGUACUGAAGAAUCAAAGACUACAAACCAAGGAGUAAAUCAUUUGAAAGAGAGUUUUUGUCCGCCUGAGGAAAUUUAUGACGAUCAAAGCUCUACAGUAUCAGUCACUGGAAUACCUGUUUUACAGGGUGUAAUAUCAGACGUUAUGAGUCAAAUUGAUUUAGAUUGUGUUGCAUCUCAUAAAACAGUCACCCCACAUAAUGUUCCUAUUACUGAUGUUGUUGAAAUAAGCAGCGAUGAGGAAGUAACUGUGGAUGUUCCAAAAGGACAUCCCUUAAGUGUUAAGCAAAUUCAAACACAAGAAAAAGAAGUGAAAUCCUAUAAAUCAAAGGAAGAUGGGUUGAUACAAAUAAAUGAAAUAGAAGCUAAAAUGUACAAAGGAGUUACUAUAAAACGAGGAACUAGUACCAGUAAACCAAUCAAUAUUGAAAUGCCACCGUGCAUCAUUGUUACAAAUAUUACAUCGGAUGCCAAUAGAAUAGCAAAUAACAAACUAUUACAAAUUAAAAAAGAUUCUGCUCAGAAAUACCAGGAUAUUGAAAUGACGCUUGUUUCAAAUGCUGGUAGUAAAAAGGAUGAAAAUGAAUUGAAUGAGAUUCAAACUCACAAGAUAACAGUUAAAAGUGCCAAUGAAAAAUUACUAAAAGAAAGCGAAGAAAGAAAAAAAAAAGAAGCUGAAAGAAAGAAUAAAGAAGACGAAAGAAUGAAACAAGAUGAUAAAGAAAGAAAGAAAAAAGAAGAUGAUGAAAGAAAAAAAAAAGUAGAAGACGAAAGGAAGAAAAUAGAAUUAGAUAGAAAGAAAAGAGAGCUUGAAAAGAAACUGCUAAAUGAUUUAUACGAAAGAAAGAAAAAAGAAGAGGAAGAAAGAAAGAAAAAAGAAGAAAAUGAAAGAAAGAUAAAAGAAUUACAAGAAAAAAUCAAAAUAGAAGAAGAACGAAAAAGACUUGAGAAAAUAGAAGAAGAAAAGGAAAUGGAUAGAAUAGCAAUGGACAAAAAGUUAAAAGAAUUUCAUGCAAGGCUUAGAAAUGAAUUGGUAUCUGAUGAAAAUAAUCAAUUAGCUAUGAGAGUAGUAGUUAAAGAGGAAAUUGUUGAUGAGUGUGUUGAUGACAUUUUAGAAGAAAUAAUUGAUGAAGAUAUUUGUAUAAAAAAUGAAUAUAGCGAAUGUAAUGAAUUUGACGAAUACAAUCCAUACAAUCAAUAUAAUGAAUAUAAUGAAUACAAUGAAUACACUGAAAUCAAUGAAUACAAUGAAAACAAUGAAUACAUUGAAAACAAUGAAUACAUUGAAAACAAUGAAUACAUUGAAAACAAUACAUAUUAUAAUGAAUAUAAUAAUGAAUACAUUAAUGAAUAUAAUAAUGAGUACAUUAAUGAAUGUAACAAUGAAUAUAACAAAGACUAUUGUUAUGAAAGUCAUAAAGAGUAUAAUAAUGAAUGUAAUAAUGAAUAUAAUGAAUAUAAAAAUGAAUAUGAUGGAUAUAAUGACGAAAUUGUUGAAAGAAUAAGAAUGUCAAAUGUUAUUCCUGAAGAAAAAAGUAUGGAAUAUAUUUUAAAUAGUAGUUCAGAAUUGACUCGAAUAAGAAAUUGUGAAUUACAAUCGAUAGAAGAAUCCAUUAAAAGCCGAAUCAAAAGUAAAAAAUUUAAAAAAAAUGAAGACUUGAGAAGUAGUAAAGAAUUGAGAGUAAUUAUACCAAGAGAUGUUCAAGUACAGAGAGGAUAUAUCGGGUUCCAAAGACAAUCUAUUGAGCGACAAUCCAAAAAAGCUGAGGAAGCUGAAAUUCAAAGAUCUAAGGAAGCUGAGAAACAAAGAGCUGAUGAAAUUAUAUCUAGAAAAGUUAAAGAAGCAGAAAUAAAAAGAGUUAAAGACGUUGAAUUGGAAAGAUUCAAAAUUGAUAGAUUAAAAAUAACUAAAGAAGUUGAAACAAAAAAACAUAAGGAAGCCGAAUUAAGAAAAAUUAUUGCUGUUGAAGAAAUAGAAAUAAAAGGAUUGGAUAAGAGAACUACUUUGAAGAAAGUGAAGGAACCAGGAAAUAAUCGAUCAUUUGGGCAUCCAGAGGUCAAUUUGGUAAAGAAUUGUGGAGUUGUUCCUCCUGUACAUUUUAAGAAAAACAAUGAGCAUGUAGAGAAUGAUGCAAACAUAGAACAAGAAUUGAUUGAAAGUAGAAAAGCGCCUACAAAUGAUGAUUUUGAAACAUUUAAUCUAAGAGAACGAGGAAUAAGGAAGUGUAUGGGAUCUGAAAGAAAAACCUCUAAAGAAAUAGAGACAAAUUCAACUGAAGUUAAGAUGAUCACUAGGACAAGGGGACUAAAGGUUGAAGAAAAGCUUAAAGAAUCAUAUGUUUCUAAAAAUGUGUCUACUAAACUACGACCACAAAUAAAAUCUUCCGGAUCCUCAUCAUCUAGUGCAAGUCCAACUAGUGUCGAGAAUCCAUCAAUUCCUAGUUAUGAGUAUAAAAAACAAACUAGGAAUACAGAUGAUAAUAGUAAACGGAAUACCACUUCAAACACAUUAUAUGAUAAUAAGAACAAUAGAGAUAUAAACAUUGACCCUAGUGUCAUUGUUAGAAAAGAAAAUUUGAAUCGUGAAGUUAAAGGUAUUCCAAGAACUCGUACUCGUUCAUCAUCGUUUAAGCAAAAAAUAAUUUCGGAAACUACAUCUUCAAAGCAAGACCAAGAUAAUGGUGCAGUGAUCAUUCCAAAAGAAACUGUAGGAACAAAGACUAUCGUGUCAACUUCUACACACCCCGAUCAUCAGACCACAAGAUCAAAAAGUCCCCCAAAAACUAUUUUCAAUAAACAUACGCUUAAUGAUAAGAAUUGUGGUAAAACAUUAUUAAUCCCUGUAGUAAUGUUAUCUACUAGUCAAAUUCCACUUCACAAAGUACAUCAACGAUCAGUUAACAACUUUAUAAAGAAACAAGAAAUUAAACCAACACAUGACCAAAUUGAAAAACAAAUUGUAACUACAACUGAGUUAGAUAAGCCGCCUCCUAAGAAACGAGGCCGCAAACGUCGAAUUGACAUUCAAAAUGAAAAACAAAUGUCUAACAGCGGAAAUAAAACGUCUCAAAAUAUGGCAAAAAGUAACAUAUCAAUAAAGGAUGUAGAACCUCCAGCUAAAAGAACCAGAAGGAGUCUACGUGGUCUACGUGGUUGUAAAAAUGAUGCCAUGAACAAUUACGCUCAGCAAAGUUCAACCACAGUUGAGCCACUUCAAUCUAAAAAACAAUUUGUGGAGAAGUCUAAUGAAAAUAAUGAAACAUGCAGGAGGCUUAUGAAAUUUGUUUUUAAUAAUUUAUGUGAAAAAAGCAAAUAUAUUUCAACUCUGAACAAGGAAGUUACGGGUGUACCUCCUCCAUAUGUUGAUGUUAUAAAAUGUCCAGUUGAAUCACGAGAUAUUAAAAGGAAGAUUGCUGCAGGAGAAAUAACAAACCUCACAGACCUGCAAUUAAAUCUUUUGAUCUUAUCAUAUAAUGCUCUAAUGAUCAAUAGGUCUGAUUCUAUAGUUUUUAGUGAUGCUAGUAAUUUUCAAUCCGAUCUUCUAAACAAUUGUCUGGAACUUAAAGAUGCUGUUGGUGCACAUUAUGGUAGCAGUCAAGAUGGUAGAAUGAAGAAACUUGACUAUAGUAUUAUUGACGUGCGAUUUUCUGAUUUAAAAUACGAUCCCUGUAAUAAUAAUGUAAUUAUUAGCAAAGAAACAAUCGGUGAUAUACUAUAUAAAUAUACUGAUCAUACUAGCGAUGAGUCCAGUGAUUCCGAUGAUAGUGAUUUGCCACCACCUAAAAAGAAAAGAAAAAAAAACCUUUCGGAUUCUUCCAAUUCAGAAAGUGAUUAAGAUAAUUAUAAAAAUUAUCACAUGCCCUUUUUAUAAUAUAUAUAUAUAUUGUUCUAUUAAUAUCUAAAAUUCAUAUUCAUUGUUUUUGUUAAAAAUGAUUAUUUUUAAAGCCAUUUUUUAAAAACAAAAUGAUAAACCAUCUAGUUUUAUAAAUUAUAUAGCAUCUAGUUUUAUUUUUAUUUGCUCAAGUCUAAAUUAUUUUCACAUAAACAUGCAAUUUAAUCUUUUUAUUCUACACUCAUUAAACUCGUAUCAUUUUUUGCUGCUGUAUCUUGAAAGAACUCUCAGUGUGCACUUGUAAAUCUUAUAAUUAGGAGCAAUAGUAAACCGUUCUAAUAAAAAAUGUUAACUAAAUAAGGUAAUUUUAAAUGUUGAAAAAUAUUUCUAUGAACCAAAGUAUAAAAACAAUAAUAAUUAAAAUAAAUAAUUGUUCAUGAAAAAAAUAAAACAGCAGUUUAAGUCUCAGAUUUCUAUAUAAAUGUAAUACAGUGUUAAUUAAUAUUUCAACAUUUUAAUAUAAAUUUGAAUGAUACCUAGGCAAUUGGAAAAUUUGUUUUACUAAUUUAAACCAUAGAUGUGUUAUACUUAUUAAAACUUAUUUUAUCUACCAAGAAAUUCAUACCAAGAUAAUAAUUAUGUAACACUAAUACUAUUUCAGAUUUACGGUUUAAUAACUAUUUGAUUAUAUUUGAAAACUUCAAAAAUUGUUUUUACAAAUAAAAUAAGAAUCAGCACCUAUAGAGUAAAUAGUUAAAUCCAUUUUUUUUUUAUUCUUUAACAUGUUUUUCUGGUUAAAGUAAUUGAAAUUGUAUGAUUUUUGCAUGUUUGAUUUGAAUGUUUUCAAUGUUAUGAUUUUGUUAAUAUUUUCCUUGAUAAUUUGAUUUGUAUAAUAAUAGUUUAUUGAAAAAUCCAGUAACAGUUUUAUUUUUAUAGACAGUUAAUUGUUUUAUUUAUAAUGACUCGUGUGAAAACAUAUUUUGCAGUUGCCACAAAAAUCAAGAUUCAUUUUUGUCAGGGAUAUUUCUCUUGUAUUUAAUUAUAACUUAUAUGUACAAUAUUGUAGGCAUAUUGUGAUGGAUGUUUAUUUAAGAGAAAUAUUAUAUAGGGAUACAAGGUAAUAGAGUGUAAGGUAGUAGUAACUCCGUUAAUUUAAAAUGUAUAAUGUAAUCAUAAUAUUCAAAGAAAUCAUAUUCUUAAAUGUUACUGUAAAUAUUCAAAUACCAAUGGCUUGUAUUGCUAUGUAACAAUCUAUUUAAUAAUAGCUUUUUUUUUUAUUUAUUAGACAACCUAGUCUAUAUCAAUUAUUUAAAAAUACAGUAUUGUAUUAAUAUUUUUUAUAAUGUAAUAAAAUAUGUAUAGUAGCUAUAUGUAUUUACAUUUUUAUUUAUCCUUAGAUUGAUAAAUAUACUUACCUCAAAGGUAUAAUUUUUUUCC